AUGUCCAAUCUAGUUUUUGAUGGAUCAUUGCCUGCUAAGAGAACAAUUUGCUUCCCAAAUCUAAAGAUCUUGACAAUGAAACGUGUAACGUUUUCGGAUGAUUACUCAAUCCAGCAGCUUCUGUCUGCUCCACCACUCCUUGAGAAGCUGGAAUUACACAACUGCAGCUGGGGGGAUCUCAAGGCUGUGACUAUUUCUGCUCCCAAGCUUCAAUAUCUGAGCAUAAGGGAAUAUGUGAGCAUAAGGGAGUAUGAGAGACGAAGAUCAAGCAAUGGGGAUGUUUGUGAGGUUAUGGUAAUAUAUGGGAAAGAACUCGUACCUCAGAUGCCUAUGUUCAAUAACCUGAUGGAUUUGGAGUUCAUUGGAAUGUCAAUAGAUAUUCAUUGUGCAACACUACUGGUGUUAUUGCAAAAAUUUCCUUGUCUUAAGACACUGAAAUUUUCUGAGGGGAUCGGUGCUAAGUCAGAUGGAAUAUUGAAUCCAGUGCCUCCAUGUUUCUUGUCACAACUCAAGUGCAUUAAAAUUGAUAAGUAUGGUGGAUAUGAUUAUGAGCUUUCUGCAGUAAAGAUUUUGCUCGAUAAUGCAAUUGUGUUGGAUGAAAUAGUUAUAACUUGCGUUUUGCAAAGGACUCAGAGUUGCAAAAAGAGUUUUAUAAACAGUUGA